UUUGCAAUAUGUUCAUUACCGUAGUAUAAAAUGAUAUUCAUUUAAGUCUUAUAUAGCUUGUAUUUUCAUAGUUUAAAAGGGAAAUGAUUUUUCUUGUGCCAAUAUAUCUUGAAUGUUUAUAAAAAAGGACAGGUUAAAAAAUCUCGUUGGUUUGUUUGUGACAAAUAACGAUUAAUCAAUAAAUUCGCAAUUAGAUUAAGAACGGGAUUACAUUCGUUGAAAAUUCACGGAUAGUGUCGUAUUUUAUUUUUCAAAUCGCCAACGCUCUCAGCAAGUGAGGAAGACCCGGGGACCAGUUACAAGUAACGGGUACGGUGGCCACUUAUGAUCAUCACACGAGAAACCUGAGCUACGUGUAUGUAAAUACAAGUUGCGUAGGCUUUGAAAAGAAACCGAAGUACAAAUCACAUUGAGUAGCUUAUUUCGGCGUGAAGAUUGUCAGCGUUCUAUAUUCCUGGUGAAAGUGUAGUUUUCGAGAAACACAUUUUUUUUAAAAUGUCUGUCUUUGCAAUAAUAAUCGGUGUAACUUUGAUUCUGCAUUCCAAUGGUGUUACUGGCUCGAAUGAGCAGAGCGAUGUGACGAGUGGUCUAGCUGCAGGGGCAAAACAAGCAGCACCAUUUGCUCAGCUUUCACCGACAGGAACAUAUCAACAAAAUAUUAAGCAGUACAAUUUUCCAGUUGAUUAUAAUUAUAAACCAACUAGACGGUGCCCAUUAUGCGACAGCUCAGUGUACCCAUAUUGCGGGGAGAAACUAUUACACGACGCGUGUUGCUGUACAGACCCUUACAUCCACGAUCUUCCUUACCAAUGCAAAUUAGCGGACUGCCGAUUUCUACACGCGAAUAAUUGCAGAGAGCACAGAUUGAUCGCUAGUUGCUGCUGCAGCGACGAUUAUCGAUCUUUAUUGAAAAGUUUUGCAACCGUUUAAAGAACAUCCACGAGCAUUUCGUUCGACGUCGAUUCGACGUUAAAAAUAUUUAAUAAUUAUCGUCACUUGAAUGCUUUUAAUUAUAUCUUAAUAACAGAUUCACGCGAGAAUGCAAUUAAGGAAUCAGAUUCAGUAACAGUCUAUAACCAUGCCAUUUUUUACACGGAAAAUUAGGUCAGUAAAUCUGUAACAAAUGUGCCAUUCAAUUAUCUGGAGUAAUUAGUCUUGCCUCGUGCUCGAUAAAGAUGUACUUCCCAAACUGUACUUACGAAACGGACAUUAUCUUAUUUUUUUCAAAUAUAUGCACGUGUAUCUCGGUAUACUUAUAAUUCGCAAAUAUCAAUAAAACAUAUGAGUAAUUGAAUUCAAGUAUUAUAUUAAAAAUGGAUGUGACAGUUCAAUAAGUAACAAUGAAAAUUAAUCGAGAGUAUGUCAGCCAAGAGAAAUC